AUGCGCCUACUCAAGACCGACACGUUUGAACUCGCCGAGUUUGUGGGCGAAGGAAUACCAAAAUACGCCAUCCUGUCGCACACAUGGGAAGGAAAAGAGGUCAGCUUCCACGACAUUCAGCAACCGAAUGCGCUUACAUACCUGAAAACCGACAAGACGCCUACUCCAGCUUGGGCGAAGAUCAAGCACGCUUGCCGUUUGGCACAGGAGGACAAAUUCGAGUUCAUCUGGAUAGACACCUGCUGUAUCGACAAGUCCAGCAGUGCCGAAUUGCAGGAGGCCAUCAAUUCCAUGUUCGCGUGGUACCGGAAGUCAGCCAUCUGUUAUGCUUUCCUCUCGGACAUAAAGAGGAUCGGUUUCUACAUUUGGCAACAUCCAUCAAUCGAUAUCACCGGUUCGCGCUGGUUCACAAGAGGCUGGACUUUGCAGGAAUUGUUGGCCCCUGACUUUCUCUAUUUCUACGACGCAUCCUGGAACAAAUUGGGCUCGCGCAAUGGCUUUGCAGAGAGUAUCUCGAAAGCGACGAGAAUUCCAAUCAUUUGCCUAGCUGGCCCAGAGUACGGUCAAUGUGACAUGUACCAGGCUAAAGACGGCACCUUCAUUCGCACACCAAAAACAAGGAAAAGGAUCGAGGACGAGCUUCAAAAAGCCACGGUGGCGGCAAGGAUGUCUUGGGCCGCGAACAGACAAACUACCAGAGUCGAGGACGAGGCAUACUGCCUGCUUGGGCUAUUUGAUAUCAAUAUGCCUAUGCUUUACGGAGAGGGCAACAAGGCUUUCAUGCGACUUCAACAUGAGAUCAUGAAAACAUCUGACGAUGCCACCAUCCUCGCUUGGGGUUAUGGCAUGCCUAUCGACCGUGAUGCAUACAUGGAUAUGGCUAAUGAAUAUGCUGCGCAUAAUCCCCAAGUGUACCGUCAACACCUACGUGAGCAAGCAUGCAAGAUCAGACCUCGUUCACUGUUGGCCACAUCUCCUGCGGAUUUUCGGUUUGCCGGAGGUCUUAAGAAAUACAACGGUUCCAAUAACCUGUCACUCGAAUUUGGCAUCAGCCAGCGGGGUCUGUUGUUGGAUGGUCUCUAUGGAUUCGACAUAAAUUCGGGUCUCCAAUACCUCUUUCUUCCGUGCACCGACCCCGAAGAAAAUGUCUUGGCUCUUCCAAUGGUUUCCCUGAUGAGCAUCUAUCGUUCUCAAUCCUACCAUGAUAAAAGCCUCGCGAACACCCUUUGUGUACCUCUACCAACGGCGCAUGAAUUCGCGAUGUCGCAUUAUUUGCGUCACACUCUGUCAAUAAAACAGGCAAAAUACUUCCUCUGUGUUGAGCGUAAGACCCCGCCACCCCCGUCAGUUUCGCAUCAGCCCUUCGACAGCGGAACCUGGGAACUGUGUUUCCGGAAACAACCACCGUUGCCGAAUCAUGGAGCUUUAGAUUUCAGUGUGGAGACGAUCUUUCCUAUUCAGUUAAAAUUACCCUUUCGGUUCGUCGCCGACAUGUCGCCCACUCAACGCUCAGAAAGCCACUCUGGCUUAGUUUUUCCUCCAGUUACUGGGAAUUCCGAGCAAUAUAAGCCUCUGGCAAGCAGUCAAUUGUUCAUCUUGAACAUCAAUGGCAAGAGAAUAUUACUGGUGCUGGGUCGGGAGACCGGCAAUCCUCUGGCUUGCGAUGCUGCGAUGUUGGAUCCAAAAGAGUUGCUGAGACCUACAUGGUACAACCUCUCGCAGAUCCUAAAAGACGGGUUCAGAAAGGCUCACAGAAUACGAGCUUCCAAGUCCCCAGAUUUGGUUACCCAGCCGUAUCUUGUCUUCAAGCUAUUCCCAUGGCUGGAGUUGUGGGCAAAACGGUGGUAA